CUUUGAAUUGUUUUGAAUCGUUUCUUAUCGUUUUGAAUUGUUUCUUUUAAUCAGAGGAAUUUUUAGAGCAUGCUGCGUUAGGUAGAAUACCUGACAAUACUCAAUUAGAUUUUGAAACAACGAAAGAAGUGUUAAUAGGACUUCAAUCAAUCGAAAAGUAGUUAAAAACGUCAGAAUUUUCAAAUGGUGAAGGAAAAAAAUACGCUCAAUUUGCUGUGAACUAUUUCAAACAAACAAUUGUGUCAAAUACAAGCAGUAAAGCUCAGAAAUCAAAUAGUGAUGAUGAUUAUUCAUCAAAGUUGACAAAUGCAUUGCUCACAUGUUUGUAAUAUAUUGAUAAAUUUCAAGUUAAUUAGUUAGUUUCAUAUAGUAAUAAGCUAAUAAGAUAUAAAAAUGUAUACGGACCUUCCUCUUCAGCCAAAGGACUAGCAUAUAUGCGUCAAAUACUAUGAAGUAGAAUGUGCGCAUGCGGAUAGAGGUUUAAAGAGAGUAAAGUAUAUGCUUACCAGAUUUAAGUACAUUCGUUGCAAGACCAUCUAAUUGAAAAAGUGUAUUCUAUUAUUAUCAAUUUUACAUUAAUUAUUAAGUGAAAGUGAUUUUUGUAUCGACUCAACUUAACAAUAAAUUUUUUUAUAAAUAAUGGGUGGUUUAACACAGCGGCAAUGGUCUCCAACAAAGAGACGAGGACCGAUCAGCGCCGAAUUCCGGAGUCCAGGACCUGCAUGUGUUUCUUUGCCGUCACUUAUAGGUAAAACUGUUCCUGAUUCUAAACGAGGUCGAGCUCCAGCAUUUUCAUUUGGUAGUCGGUAUUCACUAAAAAAUGAAAGUCCAGGACCAGGGCCAGGCCAAUAUAAUGUGUCAGGAUUAAGUGCCAAAGGAAAAAAUAAAGCUCCAGCAUUGUCAUUACAUGGCUACACUAAAAUAGACAAAAUCGAAUGUACACCAGCUCCAGGUGAUUAUGACCCAGAGAAAGCGGAAAUUUUUAUUCAAGAUAGUUCACCAAAAUAUUCAUUUGGAGUAAAAGCACAUAUCGAAAAAAUUAACUCAACUCCUGCUCCAAAUGUUUACAUCAUACCAUCGGCUUUCGGCGCAACUAAGGAAGGCAAUAAAAAAGCUGCACCAGCAUACUCGAUUGCCAGCAGACAAAAAGUAUUCACAGACGAUCGAAUAUUAGUACCUGGACCCGGAACUUAUGAAGCAAUCGAUCCAGAUAUUGUGAGGAGUAAAAGUGCAGCUUACAGCAUGAGUGGUCGUUAUCAACUACCUACUGAUCAAUCGAAAAUUCCUGCACCUGGAGUUUAUUGUCCUGAAAAAGUACUUUUGAAUUUUCAACCAGCUCAUACAUUUGGAAUAAAACAUUCGCCAUAUAUUUGCAAUCUCAAAGACGCAGACAAUCAGUUCUAUUGAAUCACAAUCAAUUUCUACUUUUUUUAACAUUUUGGAAUUACUUUAUAACAUUAUUGAUGGAAUAUAUUUUGAAUACUCUCCCUAAACAAUUUAACAAAAUCAAUUAAAUAUAAGAAACUACAUUGAAAUAAUAGAUUAGAAAAAUAUUGUACUGUAUAUCAACUAUUAAAUGCCUGGAACAAAUUUAAAGAAAAAAUUGUAAGCCUUAUCCACUUAAAUUAACAGUAAAUGUGAAACUUUUUUAGCAAUUCGAGUUAAUCGUGUAGUUUUGUAAUUUAUACUUUUCUUAUAUGUAUAUAUAUUAGACUGUGCCAAAUGAAAUCGAUAUUUUUUUUUUCGGUCCCAUACGAAAAUUAGGUUGUCUCACUAAAAAAAAAAAAAAUCCUGAAAAAAUUUCAGCUCGAUAUGUCUAUUUUUCAGUUAGUGCUCGCGUAAAUAAGAAUUUUCUAAUAAAAUUGUUUUUUAUCCCAACUUAAUAUUUUACAACUCAUUAAAUAUAACUGAUUAAAAAAUUGCCAAGGUGCCAUUUUGUAGGGAAUUUAAUUCUCUACAAAAAGAACUUUUGAUCGAAUGAAAAACAUCAGCCAAUUUUUUUCUGCAGCCAUUUGAACCUAUUUUUUUUUCAAAAUUUACAUUUAUAUUUACUAUUAAACGCUUAGAAAACUAUGUUGCUAUGUAUGAAAUUUAUUGAAUUCAAUUUCUCUAGGAACCUUU